AUGGCUAAUCCAGAUCAAUUAAGUUUAGAAGGGGCAAUCAAGUUAGUACCUUCAUUUUCGGGGGGAUCAGAAUCGGAUUUAGCUUCCUUUUUGGCUAAAUGCGAAUUCAUUUUUAAGAGUAUCCCUAAUACUUUGAAACCCAUUAUUUUAGAAGCCAUAAUAACCCAGCUAAAAGGUAAUGCAUUUGAGGCCGUUAGGUAUAAGGUAAUUACCACCUGGGACGAAUUAAAAAAUUUAUUUAAAACCAUUUUUGGUUCAGCACAUUCAGUGUCGUACUUACAGGUACAAUUAAGUCAGAUGCGCCAAAAUUCAAAAGAAUCUGUUAAAGAGUUCUCGAUUAGGAUCGAAAAAACUGCACACGAAUUAACACACGCGUUAACGGUAGAUAAAGACCCAGCGCAAGUAAAUAUUAUAGCUCAAACAGUGCAAGCGCAUGCACUAAGCGUAUUCAUAGCGGGAGUCUCACAAACUAUCGGAAUUAUAGUAAAAUUGGUUUAG